AAUGUAAAUAAAUACUUUUAAUGUUAUCCAGACCUUACUUCCGGGUUGAAGUGGGAAUUAUCGAGUUUCCGAGAGACACGCGGAUCUGCGGUGUUUAGGCGGGGCCGAAUCGACGUCACUACGCCACGCGUUUCCCUGCUGAAGUGGGUGCUUGAACGCACCGGUGAAAUCCUCAACCCACGCGGCAGUCAAGCCAAGUGGAUCAGAGAUCCUUCAGAGGGAUUUAUCUCUUCAUUUUCUCACAGCAACGCGCGGGUGGGACGCAGCAGGGCCAUUGCUGCACUCUUUUCUUCUUCAGCUUUUUCUUUUCUUUUUCUUUUUUUUCUUUGUUCGCUGUUGAUACAUGAAUGAAGCAGUCUGUACUGUAGCAGCUGAGUCAAUGUGUCAACGAUAGACAGACGACAGAUUUCGAGCAACCAUGAGCACAGCAAAGUCAAGUGGACUCAAAGCACCCAGCAAAAUCGGCAAACCAGCCGGCGGUGGAACCUCGAAAACAUCUCCCUCUGCAGGUAAACCUACUGCGAGUGACAAAUCUUCAGCUGAAGCUCAAGAUGCAGGAGAGCAGUUCGAGGUCGGAGAUCGUGUCUGGGUGAAUGGCAACAAGGCGGGCGUCGUUCAGUUUCUCGGAGAGACCCAGUUUGCUCCGGGGCAGUGGGCUGGCAUCGUGCUGGAUGAGCCAAUCGGGAAGAAUGAUGGCUCGGUGUCGGGCGUGCGCUAUUUUCAGUGCGAACCAUUAAUGGGGAUUUUCACUCGCCCCUCCAAACUGUCCCGCACUGAAGGGGAGGCGAACGGGACGGCGACGGCGCCUCCGUCUCGUGCGGCGUCACCCAUCCCCUCCAACGCAACAACCUCGGCUACGACCAAGAAACCGGCCUCGCCAACCAGAGCAGAAGCUCCGCCCUCAGAGCUAGUACGAUCAAAGAGUGAAUCCGUGUCCAAUCUGUCGGAAAGCGGGUCGGUUAAGAAAGGUGAACGAGAGCUGAAGAUCAACGAACGGGUACUGGUGGCCGGCUCGAAAGCUGGUGUGGUGCGUUUCUUAGGUGAAACAGACUUUGCUAAGGGUGAAUGGUGUGGCGUUGAGCUGGACGAGCCCUUGGGAAAGAAUGACGGCGCUGUGGCUGGAACCAGGUAUUUCCAGUGUCAGCCCAAGUACGGUCUGUUUGCACCAGUUCACAAGGUGACGCGGAUCGGUUUCCCCUCCACCACCCCGGCCAAGGCCAAGACGACCGCGCGGAAGAUUGUGACCACGCCGGGAGGACUGAAGCGCAGCCCCAGUGCCUCCUCCAUCAGCUCCAUGAGCUCUGUCACCUCGUCCGCAAGCUGCAAGCCGAGCCGCACGGGACUGCUCACAGAGACGUCCUCGAGGUACUCACGGAAGAUCUCGGGCACCACGGCCCUUCAGGAGGCCCUGAAGGAGAAACAGCAACACAUCGAGCAGCUCCUCGCCGAGCGUGACCUGGAGCGAGGCGAGGUUGCCAAGGCAACAAGCCAUGUGGGUGAAGUGGAGCAGGAGCUAGUGUUGGUGAGGGAAGGCCAGGAGCAGUAUGUGUUGGAGAUGGAGGCUAAGAUGGACCAGCUGCGAGGGCUGGUGGAGGCUGCAGACAGAGAAAAGGUGGAACUUAUCAACCAGCUGGAGGAGGAGAAGAGGAGGGUGGAGGACCUGCAGUUUCGGGUGGAAGAAGCUUGCAUUACCAAAGGAGAUUUGGAGACGCAGACGCGACUGGAGCAUGCCCUCCUAAAGGAGCUUGAACAGAAUCUGCUCUUUGAAAAGACCAAAGCUGAGAAACUUCAGAGGGAGUUGGAGGACUCGAGGGUGGCCACGGUCUCUGAGAAGUCCCGUAUCUUGGAGUUGGAGAGGGAUCUGGCUUUGAGAGACAAGGAGGUAGCUGCCCUCCGUACGCCUCUGGAAGCUGGACAGGACAGGGACACGGAGGACUCCACCGUGGCAUCUCUCCAGGAGGAGCUGUGUUCACUCCGCACGCAGCUGGCGGCUCAAAGCGCCAGUCACCAGGCCGAACUCUCAACCCUGCGGGAGACGCUAGAAGCCCGAGAGAAAGGACAUGGUGAGGCCUUGACGCGGCUUCAGGAAGCCUCCAGUCGCUUGGCGAAGGAGAACGAACAGCUAUGCGUCCGCCUCUCGAAGGCCGAGGAAGAAAAUGCGAGCACGGUGGAACAGUGGCGCACUAAACUGGCGACGGCCGAAGCAUCCCACCAGAAUGUCUUGGAGGAGAUCAAAUCCUCUUCAGGAGCAGAUGAAGCCGCUCUGGAACGCUUGAAAGCGUCAUGUAAACUUGAACUAGAGGAGGUGGUUAACAAGCACACUGCCGUUGCCUCGGGAUGGGCGAAAGAAACCAAAGAGCUCCGGAUUCAGCUCCACGGGGUCACCGAGGAGAAGGAGCGGCUGGAGGAGUCGCUGCGAGCCAGUAUUGAUAAAACGGAAGAGCAGCACCUGGUGGAGAUGGAAGACGUCUUGGGAAAACUGCACACGGCUGAAGUCAGGGUAAAAGAGCUUGAGGAGGUGGGGGGUAAGUUGCAGGAUAAGGGGCGGGAGGCUCAGGAGCUGAACGAUGCCCUUCAGACGCUGCGGGCACAGCACAGUGAAGGUAACCAGGAGAUACAGAGACUGCUGGCUCAGGCAGAGGAGACCAAGACCAAAGCCAGAUCUCAGGAGGAGAAGGUUGUUGAGUUGAAUUCAGUAUUAGAGGAGAAAGCACAAAAGUUGAGCGAGCUGUCGAAGGAAAAGUGCUCUUUGGAGAAUGAAGUUAAAGAGCUGAAGGAUAAUCUUGAAACGGCAUCUAAUGACCAAGCCAAAUCUUCUCAGUCGAAUCAAGAGUUACACGAUGACCUCAAGAAGAAAGAGGAGCAAUGCACAUCCCUCGCUGCUGAAUUACAGGACACCAAGAGUCAACUGGCUGGAUUGCAGAGAAAUCUGAAAGCGAGCGAAGAAAAGCGCGACAUGUUGACCAAAGACAAGAAUAAACUGGAAAACGAUAUCAUGGACGUGAUGAAGUCAUCGGGAGACAGUUCUGCUCAGCUAACAAAGAUGAAUGAGGAACUCAACCAGAAAGAAAGAAGACUAGAGGAGCUUCAAAACCAGCUGACGGAGCAGAAUGAUAAGAUGGCUGAAGCAGAGGAACGCUGGUCACAAGCACAAGUCCAAGCUGAGAAAGAAGCUAAAGAGAUGUCUGAAAAACAGCAGAAAGAGCUGAACAGCCUGCAGGAGAAAAUCAAAGUUUUGGAGAAGAGUGUCGAAGAACAUCAAGCUAAAGCAAAAGACGCAGAUGCUUUAAGAGAGAAAGCUCUUGCAGAUUCUACAGAACAUCAUUCAAAAGAAAUUCAGGAUUCAAACGCUCAGUUUGAAAAAGCCAAGGCUGAGCUCCUCGUGUCUCAGGAAGAACGUGAGGAGUUGAAGAAACAGGUUGAGGAAUUGAUGCCUUUCAAAGAAAAAUCUGAGGCUUUAGAGGAAGCGGCUCAGACCGCACAGACAUCACUGGAGAGUUUGACCCAGCAGAACGAUCAGCUGAACAAAGACCAAUCUGAGGCUCAGACUCUGGUGACACAACUCAGAAACACUGCUCAAGAAAUACAAUCCAAGCUGGACAAUGUCACCGAGCAGAACUCACAGUAUCAGCAGAAACAGAGUUCAGACACGGAGAAGAUCAACAGUCUCGCUGCCGAGAUAGACGCGCUGAAACAGGCGGUUUGUGAAGGAACCCAGGCUGUGGACGCUCUGAAGACGGAGAAUGAAAAACUGACCUUAGAACUCGCCAGCAGCCAUGAAGACAGUAACAUUCUGCUAGAUCUGAAGAAGGAGUGUGACAAUCUCAAUAAACAACUGAAGGAGAUGAAAGCCAGGGAGAAAACAUCAACGAGUGAAGCGGAGAAAGAGAAAACUGCACUUCAACAAUCUCUCCAAACACAGAGUGCCUUGAUGUCAGAGAAGGACAAAGAAUUAAACUCUCUCAGACAACAGCUGGACAGUGUAACAGAGCAGAACUCGCAGAGACAGAGUUCAGACACGGAGAAGAUCAACAGUCUCGCUGCUGAGAUAGACGCGCUGAAACAGGCGGUUUGUGAAGGAACCCAGGCUGUGGACACUCUGAAGACGGAGAAUGAAAAACUGACCUUAGAUCUCGCCAGCAGCCAUGAAGACAGUGACAUUCUGCUAGAUCUGAAGAAGGAGUGCGACAACCUCAAUGAGCAACUGAAGGAGAUGAAAGCCAGAGAGAAAACGUCAACGAGUGAAGUGGAGAAAGAGAAAACAGCACUUCAACAAUCUCUCCAAACACAGAGUGCCUUGAUCUCAGAGAAAGACAAAGAAUUAAACUCUCUCAGACAACAGCUGGACAGUGUCACCGAGCAGAACUCACAGUAUCAGCAGAAACAGAGUUCAGACACGGAGAAGAUCAACAGUCUCGCUGCCGAGAUUGAGGUGUUGAAGACGACAGCUGCUGAGAAAAUAGAUUCUCUGAAGAUUGAGAAUGAACGACUGACGGUGGAACUCACCAGCAGCCUCAACGACGGUGACAUCAUGCUCAAUCUGAAAAAGGAGUGCGAGACCCUCAAUGAUCAACUAAAGGAGAUGAAAGCCAGAGAGAAAACGUCAACAAGUGAAGCGGAGAAAGAGAAAACAGCACUUCAACAAUCUCUCCAAACACAGAGUGCCUUGAUCUCAGAGAAGGACAAAGAAUUAAACUCUCUCAGAAAUGAGCUGAGAAAGGAGAGUGACGCCCUCAAAGAUUCGCUGAAGGAGAAGAAGAAGAGGGGGAAAACUUCAAUAAGUGAAUCAGAAAAAGAGAAAACAGCUCUUCAACAAUCUCUCCAAACACAGAGUGCCUUGAUCUCAGAGAAGGACAAAGAAUUAAACUCUCUCAGACAACAGACGGCAGAUCUGCGGGGCACAGUGCAUGUUCUGCAGGCCGCUGAGAAAUCGUACGAGAGCGAGAAACAACAGCUGCAGGAGCGAAUCAAACAUCUGGAGAAGAAUGUCUCUGACGCUCAUAUCAGCAACCAGGGAGACGCCUCCUCAGACGACUCUGUGGUGAAUCAGUGGAGGGAAGCAAAGGAGAACGCUGAGCGUCAGGUUGAGUUCCUGAACUCGGUUAUUGUGGAUCUGCAGAAGAAGAAUAAUGAGCAGAAAGGUAAACUUGAGAAGAUGGCCGAGGCUGCACUCAAUGGAAACAGUGCAGGUGACACAGAGACGCUUAACAGUCAUACCGAGACGACGAAGAAGAAACCACCUCCCCGUCUCUUCUGUGACAUCUGUGAUUGCUUCGAUCUACACGACACUGAGGACUGUCCCACCCAGGACCAGAUGCUCGACUCUCCACCGCACACCACCUAUCACGGCAGUCCUCACGAUGAAAGACCUUACUGUGACAUCUGCGAGGCCUUCGGCCAUUGGACGGAUUCCUGCAAUGACGAUCAAACCUUCUAGAGUUACACUCGCAAUACUGAACAUGCCUUGAAUCGGACGGUGCACAAGAGACAGCGUACAUGUUUGUUUUCAUCACACCCCGUGCAAGCCUCAAUCUUCGGUCACUUUAAAAGCCAGCACCUAGAGUUUAAUCCACGGCAGUUUUUACCUGCCUCUGUUGCACAGAAUGACUGUUAGGAGGAUGUUUUUAAAGGAGUAGUUCACGCGCAAUGAUCCUUGUGGGUAUCGUUUGCUAACCUUUAUAUACGUUUUCAAUGGCACAAGUUUCUUUGUGUUGAGCAUUCAUUCUUCAUCAGGGUGAGAGAUGUUGACUUGGAGGUUUUUGGUUUGAGGUCUUGUAAUGCGGACCUCUAGCGAAAGGGCUACUUGCCUUCUUUCAACGGCCUUUUGCACAGCAAAAAGAAUAUGGAUACGGUAAAGAAAUACAAAGAGACGAUGUUGUUUUAAAAUUGUGAAUAUUUAAUUUAUACCUAAUAAGAAAGGUAUAAAUAAUGCGAAAUAAUCCACAGAAAAGGACGUUUCAGAAAUACUGUUGGAGCGAUUUUCAAGGUUUCUAAAAGUUUUGCACCAAAACCAUCAUUUUUCUGUGUUUGUUACUGUCGUACUUUAUUGUGAAUGACUGUUUUCGGGUUGUUGACUAUCUGUUUUCCUGUUUGAGAGAUAUGUAUGUGUAUAGAGGUCAAAUGGAAAAAAAUCAUAUGGAGCUUAAACAUCAUUAAAUAUCUUUUAGUGCAUAAAUAUA